UAUCUACUUCCACAACUGUGUAGAUACCGCCUUUCGAGUUAGAACCUGUCAGAUACGGCAAUUUGCUAUUAGUUACGUCGGUUAUGCGCCAUAAUCAAUUAAUCGCCGAAUUCUGUCACAGUGUAUUUCUUCAAGCGUCAAGGGUUAGUUUUCUGUGUUACAUUUUUCAAGUUUUUCGCAUUUUUGGAUAAUAUAGGGCAGGUAUGUAUACUUUCCGUAAUUUAGUAAGCGAAUUACCCAAAAAAACUAUUCUAAAAUACUACGAUGCGACGUAUUGUUAAGUAAGAAUACUUCUUAAGGUUACUAAAUAAGUUAUAUUCUGUUUAUAAAGAAUACUUCAGUUUAAAUUCGUAGGCUUGUUUGUUUUUUUUUUCAAAAAAACAAUAAUUAUAUUAAAAUGUGUUGUCGGCCUUUAAGUAAGCUGUCGUCCGAUGGCUGUUUAAUUUCAGCUUUUAUUGUUAGUAACUCUCGUUUCAUAUUUUCAGGAAAAUGUUAAGUAGAACUCAGAAAAUUCUUUCUUUGGUUUCGAAAGAACCCCCCGUUCCCGAUAACAACACUUGGGCUACAACACCUAAUCAGCAGAAUAUAGAAGUUUUAACUGAAGAUGGUUGUCUUCUGACUACUUUAAAUUGUGCGAUCAAAGAUGUUUUGCCAGAAAUAAUACCGAACCCAGAGCCAAGCCUUUAUCCUACGGAAAUUUUAAAUAAAGAGCCCCUAGUGCUAACUAACUUAACAAAUGUAGUACUAUUAGAAAAUAAUGUGGAAAAUUUACCUCAGGAACCUACCAUUCAAAGUAUUAGUUUGGACCAAGGAAAAACUGCAAAUGACACAGGAUCCCAAUUUAUUAAAGUUGAUGUGCCAUGCCAGAUAGUAAAUAACCAAGUGAUUUUAAAUAAUGAAUCGCAAACAGAAGAAUUGGAAAACAUCGGUUAUACAAAAGAUGGCAAUUUAAGGAAAAGAAGAAAAAUAGAUAAAAUUUCUAAGCAAGAAGAACUUAUAAAAAAACGAGAAAAACUAAUUAAAGAUCACCAGGUGUUGCCUGGUUGUAACGUGAAUAGAUGCAAAAAAAAGUGUGUGAAGCUAAUACCAGAAGAUCAACGAACAAUUUUAAACGCUAGUUUUUGGAAAUUAUCUAGCAAGGAGAGAAAAGGGUUUAUUUUAAAUACAUGCAGUCGAUUGAAUGUAAAACGGCGAACUACUGAAAGCGAAAGAAAACAAAACACCUUUAAAUACAAAUUAAAAGCUGCAAAUGGUGAAAUCAUAGAAGUCUGUAAAAAAAUUUUCCUCACAACGCUUGGGUACAAAAAAACGAACGACAGGGUUUUACACGAUACUCUCACGAAAAUCCCAAGAAACCAGUUAAAUGCUAGACCAGAUCAACGGACAAGAUCAGCCAAGAAAAAAAUAAACUAUGAAUUGGUAGAUGCGCACAUAGAAUCUUUUGAACCAUCUAUAUCACAUUAUAGGAGAGAACACGCUCCAAAUCGAAGAUAUCUGCCGAGCGACAUUUCCGUUUCUGUAAUGUUUGAGUUAUUUAAAUCCCAAUACCCAACCAUGAAAGUUAGCUACGAAGCUUAUCGUUUACGUGUUAAGGUCAAAAAUAUUUCAUUUGCUUCAUUAGGACACGAGGAAUGUGAACGCUGUGAAGAAUUCAAAUUGCAUGAUCACACGAAGGAUGAUUUGCAAGAAAAUUGUGAAAAGUGCUGCUCUUGGAAGAAGCACAUUGAUCACGCCAAAGACUCCAGAGAAUUAUACCAGACGCAUGCCAAAACUAAGUUUGAAGAUGGUACUGUUUGUUUCUCCGUGGACUUGCAGAAGGUGAUCAUGUUGCCCAGGGUCGAUACUUUUAAAACAGUUCUGUUUAUUAAAAGACUUACAACUUAUAACGAAAGCUUUGUCCCAGUAGGAAUUAUGUCAAAACAAAAACCGUUUGCAGUGCUUUGGAAUGAAGCUAUAUCAGGUAGGGACAAAGAAGACAUUGUAAGCUGUUUUUAUGCAUUUUUUCUAAAGCAUCGAGACGCACCAAAAAUUAUUCUUUGGCUGGAUAAUUGUUCCAGCCAAAAUAAAAAUUGGUGUCUUCUUUCUUUCUUUGUUAGGAUAAUAAACUCCUCUGAAAUAUUGGCUAGCGAAAUAUUAAUCAAUUUUUUUGAGCCCGGGCAUACUUUCAUGUCCGCCGAUAGCUUCCACCACCAGGUGGAGCUAUCACUAAAAAGGAAAGGCAAGGUAUACGAUUUUAAUGAUUUUGUAGAAGCUGUACAAAAGGCACAAAAAUCGAGAACUGAAGUAAAAAUAAUGUCUCAUCACGAUUUUUACCAAUGGAAAGACCUUAAAUCUGAGGCAAAAAUGAAACAACAAAAAAAAAGAAUUUAUUUAAGCGAUAUUGUACAAAUAAAAGCUACUCGUGGGUCAUUUUUUUUACAUUAUAAAUCUUCUUUAAACAACGAAUUUGAAAAAUUAGAUUUCCUAUACAAAAAGGCAAUGACAAAGGGUGGUAUUUUUUCACAAUUUGUGCCACUUCGUCGUACUGCACCUAGAGGUUUUCCGAAAACAAAAAAAGAUGCCAUCAUUAAAAAUCUUGGUAACAUAAUGCCAGAGAACCGAAAAGAGUUUUGGAUAAAUUUGCCCGAAACUGAUAACUAAUGAACUUUUGAAAUUUUUUGCAAUUUGUUAUUGUGUGCCUUUUUGUAUAAGCGUUAAAGUUUAAGUUAGUGUGUUAUGUUUUAGUAAGAAAUUAGAAAUUAUUUGUCGAAUUUUUUAACUGUUUGUAUUUGUAAUUUCUAACUGUUUAUAUUUGCGAUUAUUUCAUAUUAUUAUAACCUAAUAAAGCACCUAAUAAAGCACAUUAAAAAAUUAAUCUAUAGUCUUAUUCAAAGUAAAAAUAAAUAUUUAUACAUUUUUGUCAAUCUAUUGAGAGUUUUGCGCACAUACGGCAUUUUUGUUUUGCAUAAAGGCCAUAAAAUUUUAGUUCAAAACGCCGUAAAUGAUUUUUUAAAUUAAUGUUAAUAAAUACGAUUAUUUUUGAGUACUUAACUUAUUUUUAUACUUAUUUUGUUCAAUAAUUCACGAUUGUUAUCUUCUAAAUUUUCCUAAUAGUCAAGGACUAAUCAAAUAAUUUUAACCUCAUUUUUCUCCGCUUGGCGCUCGUUGUAGAUACGGCAUGUGUUUUUAGG